GACAACAAAUUAAACGGAAGUAAAAAGACAUAUUAAGAAAGAUGAUGAAGUUGUGGAGGAGCAGUGGAGUUGCAGUGGUGGUGGUAGUGGUGGUGUUGGCCAUGUUGGAGGUGAAGGGAUCGUGGGCUCAGGACGCGGCAUGCCUGAAUCAGCUCGUGGCUUGUAUGCCGUAUCUUGACGGACGGAACGACGUGCCGGAUAGUUGCUGUGAUCCUCUGAAAUCGGUGAUAAAGUCGAAACCGCAAUGCUUGUGUGCAUUGAUAAGCAACGAAGGGAGUACUCAAGCUGAGCAGGCGGGGAUCAAUGUCACUGAAGCUCAGCAAUUGCCUGGAAAAUGUGGGCAACAUGUCAACCCACUCACCUGCCUCAAAGGUUCUUCUUCUUCAGGUUCCAAAAGUUCAAUGCAGGAUUCUUCUGCCAGUGUAUUGUUGAUGCAGUCGAAGAGUUUGAUGGUGGCCAUGGUUUUAGCUGUGACUCUUCAGAUAUUGUGGGUUUCAAUCACUGUAUAAUCUGUAUGAGCUUCAACUUUGUAUAAAACAUGGCAAUUACAUUUUGGGGAUUUUUGUUAUGUUUUUU